GAAUCGUCCCCUCAAAAAAAAAACAAUUGUACAUGGCGUAAAAAAAAGGGUUAAAUAGGCGACAAAAAUACAAAAUCGCCGGUGACGGUUGUUUUUUUUUUUUUUUGUUCGGGUGCGCGCGAGGACGACGACGAGGCGUCCCCCCCCCCCCCACCCCCUCGCGGCGAGAGAGAAACAGCGGCGACGGGCAGGCGCGUCGGAGAGAGGGUGUUGUCCUGAUGCUUAAAUGGAAGUGGGUGGGCCUCCGCGGUCACACACUGACAACUUCUCUGUGGACGCUACCGUGACGAGCGCCAAUCUGCUGGUUUAUGGACAGGCUGCCCGGUAAAAAAAAAAAGGGACACACAGGACCUGGGCGGCGACGAGGGGGAGGGGGCGGGGGUGGGGGGCGGACGGGGCCCCGGUGACGUUCACCGCGACCUCCGUUAUCUCCGUUAGUCGCGAGCUGCUUGAUUGCGCCGCGCGCUUUGGCACCGCCCUUCCUGGCCGGUGGGUGGGUUUUUUAUUUUUUUUUAUUUCGUCAAACGGGCAGAUCCGCCGCGGCCCACGGUGCCGAAGACAUAGGCCGUCCUCCGCCUCCUCUCCACCCGGCCGGCCUUCUACCGUGAACUACACCCUCUCGGUAUAUUAAUGCGUUAUGAGUGACUCCAAGAAGGAAUCAUUGGGAACCGAAGGAGGAAAAGCGUCUAAGAAGGGGAGAAGCUCUGGAUCGCAGGAUUCCUCGCAGCCCUCUCCGUUGGCUCUGCUGGCGGCCACCUGCAGUAAGAUCGGAGGGCAGGGGGGAGCGGAGGGGGCCCAGGCCCAGGUGGGGGCCCAGCAGUUCCAGGUCCAGGCCGGUCAGAUCCAGCUGCAGCCAGGUCAGCUCCAGGGGCAGAUAUUGUUGGACACAUCUGGAGGUCAGGCCCUAGUGCCCCAGCAGCUGGAACUCGUCCCAGCUCAGUUCACGGGGAACGGCUGGCAGAUCCUUACAGCAGCGCCUACUAUGGCCAAAGAGAACACCAAUCAGCCUGUUGCUGUGACAGUGGCCACCACCUUGGCUAAUGACAGCUCACCGGGUGGACGCAAGGUGAAAACAUUGGGUGGAACCAACUGUGUUGCCUCCAACCAGCAGCAGUUCCAGAUCAUCCAGGUUCAGAAUCUGCCAAAUGCCGGGGGCGGGGUCCAGUAUCAGGUCAUCCCUCACCUGCAGACGGCAGAUGGGCAGCAGAUCCACAUCAGCCCACAUCAGACAGCCUCCAUCGGGACUGUACAGGAGCAGGUCCAGCUCAUCCAGACCCAGAGCUCCGGCCAGACCCAGGCUAUCCUCCAGCCAGCCAACCAGCAAGCCAUCCUGACAAGUACAGCCAACCAGACGGUCCCGCUGCAGAUCCGCCCUGCACAGUCGUUCCCACUGCAGCUGCAGACUCUGCAGGGCUCCCAGACUCCUGUUAUGACCACGGUUCCCAUAAACCUUGGUGGCAUGACCCUGGCUUUGCCAGUGAUAAAUAAUGUCGGAGGGGGCGGGACCGUGCAGCUUAUCCAAUCAGCAGACGGCACAUUCUCUGUUGCCAACGGCAACCAGCUGAUGACAACAGCAGUGUCUGGGGCAGCCUCUGCCACAGCGACAAGUGGCUCGACGGCGGUAGCCGAAGGUGACAGCAUGUCCGAUGUGACGCAUGUGGUUUCUGUUGGAUCAGAGGGUGGCCCGGCUGACAGCCAUGUACAGAGCAGCGAGGCCGACUCUCAAAGCCAGAACCAGGCCAACGGUCUACAGAACCAGAUUGAUUCAGCCGGAACCAUUCAGCAAGUGAUAGUGGGACAAAUGGGGCACCAGCUGGUGCAGCAGAUCCAUUUGCAGCCUCAGAGUCAGGCCCAAGUGCAACAGCAACCUCAGCACAUUCAGACCAUUCAGCUGGCCCCAGGACAAACCUUGCAGCCCAUCCAGGCCUUCCAGAACCAAGCCCAGGUCCUUAUCCGUACUCCAACCCUCUCCCCGUCGGGGCAGAUCACCUGGCAGACACUGCAGCUGCCCGGUGGCGUCUCCCUGCAGGGCGGCCUCGGGGCAGCAAUGCCACAGCAGCUGACGCUGGCCCCGAUGGCCGGCGGGACGACAGUGGGGAGUGGAGGGCUGGUGUCCCUGAGUGGAUCCCCCCUGACGCUGAGCACAGCCCAGAUCAACCCGGGGUCCGGAGUGCAGACGGUCAGCAUCGCAGGGCUUGGCACCGCUGGUGUUCAGGUGCAGGGUGUUCCCCUCACUAUUACUGGUCUACAGGGUCAACCACAAGGUCAAGAUGGGGUCAAAGUUCAAUCGUCUCCAGUUACGGUCACCGUCGGCAAUGUGGCAUCGGGCUCGUCGAUGAGUCCGGAUCAGCUGGGCUCAGUGCAAAGUUCCUCGGACCAGGAAGGGCCGCCCAGCAAGAGGCUUCGUCGCGUCGCCUGCUCUUGUCCGAACUGCAGGGACGGAGAGGGAAGGAAUAGCGGUGACCCCACGAAGAAGAAGCAGCACAUCUGCCACAUGGAGGGAUGUGGGAAAGUUUACGGCAAGACGUCUCACCUGAGGGCUCACCUGCGCUGGCACACCGGCGAGAGGCCGUUCGUCUGUAACUGGAUCUUCUGCGGCAAGAGGUUCACCAGGAGCGACGAGCUGCAGAGACACCGGAGAACACACACAGGAGAAAAGCGUUUUGAGUGUCCCGAAUGCUCCAAGCGCUUCAUGCGCAGCGACCACCUCUCCAAGCACAUCAAGACCCACCAGAACAAGAAGGCCGGCGCCGCGGUGGCCAUCAUCACCACUGACGACAUGGAGGAAGACGCGCCCGAGGGCAUGGACGCCUCCCCUCAGAUUGUCGCUGUGGCAACCCUCUCACGUGACUCUGACCCAGCUACACCCACCACUUCUAAUCACAUGGAGGAGGAAGAGGAGGAGGAGGAGGAGGAGGAAGGGGGGGAGUUCCAAUAAGCAACUGACUCUUGUUUGCUGAAGGCUUACUUCCUAUACAGGGACUGAAGGGGGUGACUACUUUUUCUUCUUUUAAAAAAAAAAAAUCCUUUAAUUUGAGAUUUAAAAAAUGUUCUCUCAUGAAAAAGGGACUCAAAAGAGACGUGAUCGUGCGAUGAACAGAAAAGGAAAGAUAUAAACAUCACAAUCUAAAAAUAACUAGCAUGUAUAAAUUUAGCAUAAACAUAUGAAGGAUUAGUUUGGCAUUUAUGAAAUUAAUUUAUACUAAUUCUAUUCACAGUGGGGAAAGGAACGCAAGUAGUGUCUAGAUUAGCACAAGAGUAGUCUGCUGAAUCUGAAACCAUCCAACAUGGAGGGGCCUUUCCUUAAAUCGCAACAGAAUCUAACUCUAUGCACAAAGUGUUUGUGUUCCUGUUUCAUACCUGGGCUGAGAGUCAAUCAUGGUACAGGACUGUUGCGAAGCAGCGAUAGAGCAGGAGCAGUCUGGGAUGGUGUGUGUGACCUCUGUGAACAAGUGUGUGUGUGUGUGUGUCUGAAUUCCCUCACUGUUACAAAGAGGAUCUACCUAAUUUGAGUUAUAUUCAUGGUUCAGGUUUAGUCCUCAGACCAGAUUCAGGUGUUGAUUCCUCCGAGACCAGUCAACGGAUAAACUGUUAUUGAAGAGAGGGAAAUUCUAAAAAAAAAAAAAAAAAGAAUGAAAAAAAAAGUAGAAAAAAGCACAUAAAAAGUUUUAUAAAUAAUGCAUUCCUAUUGAGGCACAGUGGCCAUUAGACAAAAAAGGUUUCUAUAGAGAAAAACAAUCUAGCUUUCUACAACUUUGUUUGUGUGGUGAAAGCAAUACUUUAAUGACAAUCCCAGUGAAACCAUGUUUACAGUGUCAGGGGAAGUUCUCGGUCUAUAAAACAAGUCGAGUCGUGAGAACGUGUGAAAGCAGUGCUGCUGCUCUGCAGAUACCACAGGGUGGCUUUUAACAUCGCGGCCCAAGUCCAUCCAGUGCCCGUUUGUCAUUUUUAUAGAAUACAUUUCCAUCAGGUGGUACCUGCCGGACGGAACCACAGUUUGGCCGAUGUUGCUCUCCGCCCGCUGUGCCGCGGGGCCCGACCCCUCCGGGCCUCCGUCCCCGACCCCUCCGGGCCUCCGUCCCCGACCCCUCCGGGCCUCCGUCCCCGCCGCGGGGCCCGACCCCUCCGGCCCUCCGGGCCUCCGUCCCCGCCGCGGGGCCCGACCCCUCCGGCCCUCCGUCCCCGCCGCGGGGCCCAUGUGCCGCUAUUGCCUUAACACAAGCUGUCGUACGGAGGGAAGCUCGGAGCUGGCCGGGUGGAGAAAGAGGGGGCGCCCCCCUGCAUCGUAGACGGAGAGCACAGGAGGCGAGGGGAGGGGGGGGGGGUCAUUAAAGAGCGACACAGCGAUGAGAGCAGUGGGUUGCGAGAGGGUCGGGCAGCUUCGCUAUGUGGAUAUUACGGGAUGUUUUCUGGUGGUGUUGCUCUGUGUUAGUUCAGUGCGUACAUUCCUUUUAAAAUUAAGAGAUGCUUUUAUUUCAUAGAAUUUAUCAGUUGUUCCCCACACAGGACCCCACUGUGUACGGCUAAUUUAUUGUUUAUCCUUGAGUUGUACUAUUUGCCUUUUGCUGGACUUGUAUUUGUGUGUAUUGAUUCCGAGGUUGUGUACAGCAUGUUUGAGUUUUUUGCCGUAGUGCUGCUUCUCUUCUUUAAUCUUUGUGCUUCGGAUUUCUUUUUUCUACGUCUGACCAUUGCUGUUCUUUUCUUCUUCUUCUUCUUCUUCUCUUUGCGCCAUAACGUGAUUUUGGAGGGAAAUAAAUAACAAAAGAAGAAGAAAGCAAAAAAGUUACAAUUCUUUAAAGUUGAAAAGGUUGAUACCAAACAAAUUUAGAUGUUUUUGGUAAUAUUUUGUGUGACGACCAACUUUCUUUGAUAUUUUGUAGUGACAUCUCAUGUGUAAAUCUUUUUCUAAAAAGAUGUUUGUCUCCAUAACAUUUGAUAAUGGGUUUUUGCCAGGUUAGCCUCAAAGGCCUAAGUUUAUUGAUAUUUUUAAAACUGGUUUGUACAAAUGUGUUAUGUCGAUAAAAUACAAAAAAAGAAUAGAAGAACAACUUUAAGCAGAAAAGAUGCUUUGCCUAAUUAACACUUGACAAUAAAGUGAUUAAAACGGUUGUAAAUUCAUCGCUGAUCCUCUGCACAUGACUCACUUUGACUUUAAAAUCAAAACACACAAUCUCUACAACUUCUGCCACCUAAUUGUCAGCUAAUCUGUGUUGUGUUGCGACAACGGUGAUAACUGCAUUUCCUUUGCGAACAUUUACUGUUCCAAUUAGCGAUCCUGCCGUUGAUGUUGUGAGGAUCAAACCUGGAACUAUUCAAAUGCUGCUCCGUUGCUUUAAACAGAUAAUUAGCGAAUUAACCGUCUCCUUCGGAAACCCUCCCCCCCCCCCCAGUGUUGCUCUGCUGUGAUCAAAGUGGGUCUUUAGGGAGUUCACCAGCAGGUCACACCUUCAGUGCCAAAAGAAAAGAAUCAAGUAUUAGGCAGCUCACGCAAACCUUUGACGAGUCCCACCUUUGAAGCACUUCAAAAGACUCCCAACGUCUACGACCUCGCUCUGCACCCUCGGGCGAUUUUGUGGAUUUGUCAAAAGGUAAAAUUAAAGUAAUGCACAGUGACAAAUAUUGACGUUUUGAUCCCACCGGAGUGAAAACAGGACCCGUCUGCCGAUCUGUUUCACCACCGCGUGGGGCAUGCUGCACUCAUGGCGACCUCAGGGUGACCCCUGACUGCGCUGUGACCCCCCGCCCCUGCAUCACUGCUACUCAGCCAUUACACAGAGAUCAGCUGACAGGCUCGAGAGAGACAGUUGACCCGGAGCUGACCCCUCCCACCUGAGGUGUGUAGCAACAAGACAAACAUAAUUGGCAACUUUUUUAGAAAACUGGUGUAGCAUUAAAAAAAAAAGGAAAAAGGGGGGGUGUGAGCUCCCAAAAAUACAAUAAAGUUAACAUGGUUGAUCAUUUAUAGAAUGAUGUUUAUUAGAAUUUACAGUGGACUGAGAACUACAGUGUUGUAAAGUUAGCCACUUUAAAGUAGUCGGUGCGUAAAAAGAUGUCGUAUAAAAAAGGCUGCUUUUGCAUCUAUCCAUACCUUGCAUUUGUUGAACAGUGGAAAUAAUCAGAACAAAAGUGUACCACUCAGAACGCUGACUUAAAAACAAGAAGGAAAAAAACACCCAGGAUAUAUAAAACAGG